CAGACGCACCGCUGCUGCCAGAGACGCUUCUGCGCUUCCAGAAAACACCGGCACUUAUGAGCUGGGGACUUUUGUGAGACUUUACAGAUUUGUGGUAUUCUUCUCGCACUCCUUAAACUGUUUGCGAGGAAGUCAUCGCGUCUGUUUGUGGAAUUUACCUUUUUUAUUAUUAUUCUGAGAUCAUGAACCAAGGGUUCACGGAGUUUUAACCGGCGGGAUUUCUAAAUUCAAAGGCAUCUAUUGGGACACCAGGACUCCGUCUGUGGCUCUGAUAUGGGACUUUAGGUUUAAACCUCUCGUAUUGUCGUUCCUGGAGUGAAUUCACUUGGUUUAAAACAUUUAUGCUCUUCCAGAAAUGGUGGGGCAUUUACAUUUGCAAGCUAUGGAUGAGAGUUUGAAAGGAAAGAACCGGGAGGGACUGCUUGAUAGUCCGGAUUCAGGACUCCCUCCAAGCCCCAGUCCGCCCUUCUACUCUCUGUCACCGGGGAUCCUCGAGUCGCGCGCCGGCAGCUGCUCAACCCCAAAUGAGCUGCAAGGAUACUGCAGAAAGGAGACCCGGGAAGGCAAACUGCUGCCAUAUUUGCUCCUGAACUCUCAAGGUCUAGAUGCGAAGUCACGCAUGUACCCUGUGGUCUAUGGAGAGAGCAUUGAAGUUAACCCCAAACCAGAAAAAGAGAUCAAGUUCAACUCUGCAGUGAAGUACGCUUCAGACAGACACUUCCGUGACCAGGUGUUCUGUGCCCAGGUCCCGACCGCCACAUCCUUCAGCGAGACGGUGGUGUCUGUUCAUAACUGCACGUGGCGCAGCUACAAGUCAGAGGUUCACUUUGAGCCACGGCACAGGCCGCUACACUUCCAAAGCACCACCAUCGUGUUCCCCAAGCACACCCGGAAUACCUACCGCACCACGCUGAACUACAAUGGCAACAGAAACGCAGCUGGGCACCGACGGUUUGUGUCCACAGUCAGGCUGGAGUCCACCGAGGACGCCAGUCCAUGCAUCAUUUACACAGAAGACCUCUGAGAUGUGUUACCCUUCCCAAAGUUUUCGUUAAAGAGCCACAGUCAGAGAACAUGGACUAAACACCGAUUCAAAAGGAUGGCAAGAGACUUUAAAGAAAAGAAACAAAAAGUCAGCGAGGGUCAUUUUGUUCUUUUGCUUCCAGUGACAUUGGUACUUGAUAGUGGGGAUGAGCUGGAGUUAAGUGUGUGUGUGCAGUCUUUAUGUGUCAAUGACGUAUUUAUGUACAUCUGGAGAUUUUUUCUUUUCAUUUUAAUAUCCAGUCGUACCAGUCAGGUGGAGGGAAAAGCUGAUUCACAGGUCCGCAAGGAAUCGGAGCCCGCAGAAUUCCACUGAAAGAUACACAGAAUUAAAAUAAUAAUUAUAAUAAUAAUCAUCUUUUUUUAUCAGUAAUUAUGUGUCUGGUACUAAGAUUUAGCUUGGUUUCAAUUUGUGUUCCCUUACAUUGUAUUUUAUUAUUAUUAUUAAUUAUGCAAUUUUCUAUUUUAAUUAUUCCAUAGAAAUUAUGCCAAUAUUCCCCAAAUAUUAUUUAAAACAUGCAGCGUCCAUGUGGGCCUACUUUAUCAUCUUAGUAUUGCUGAUUCUUACAAAUCCUCAAAUAGGAAACAGUUCAUAAUUAAAAUGCAAAGACUGUAAACCCAUUAUAUGUGGAUGAGAGGACAAAGUCUCUAGACCUUAGUCAGGU